AUGGACGCCUUUGCCUCUCAGAGUCAUGCUUGGAGCCUUGACGACAUUGUAUUCCUUCCAGGUUCUGGAAGUGAAAAAAGUCCUAACCUGUCGUGCCGCAUCACAAAGAACAUGAAGCUGGGCAGGCCGGUGAUGAGCGGCCCGAGCCAGAUUUCAGAGGAAGGCAUGGCCAUGAGCUUGGCGCUUGAGGGUGGCCUCGGAAUCAUCCACAGGCACAUGCCGAUAGCUACACAAGCCCUCAAAGUUCGACGGGUGAAGCAAUAUCAUUCGGGUUUCAUCUUGAACCCGACUUGCGUGGCACCGAAGACGACCCUGCAGAAGGCAAGGAGCAUUCAGGCUGAACUGGGAUGCAGCAGCCUCCCAGUCACGGAAAACGGCAGGAUGGGUGGGCGCUUGGUCGGCUUGGUCACCAAAAGAGACCUUGAAGGGCAGCAGGGGAACCUCCAGGUGGCUUCAGUCAUGAACCGUGACGUGGUCUUCGCGCAAGAGCCCGUCACUCUGAAGGAUGCCUGCAUGCACAUGCAGCAAGCGAAGGUUUCCAAGCUUCCCGUGCUCAACAAGGACAUGGAGCUGGUAGCUUUGCUUUGUCGUGGUGAUAUCAAGAUUGCGCAGCAGCAUCCGACAGCAUCAAGAGAUGCUAACAGGCAGCUCAUGGUUGCUGCUGCCGUGUCUGCGCAUGAACCAGAUGGUUGGGAACGCGUCAAGGCCAUGGUGGAGGCUGGUGCCGACAUUUUGAGCCUUGACGUAGACGAAGGCAUCGAUCAGUAUGUUGUUGCGUUUCUGAAGCAGAUGAAGGACCUGUUUGCCGGAAUCGACGUGAUCGUCGGUCCAGUCAACUGCCUCAGUCAGGCGACACUGCUUUGUGAACAUGGCGCAGAUGCCGUGCGAGUUGGAAAUGCUGCUGGGGCAGAGGCCACCACAAUCUACGAACUCUCAAGGACCCUUCGCACAACCUUUGGGGUGCCUGUCAUUGCCGAUGUGCAGGCACGUGAUUCUGGGCAGAUUCUAAAGGCAUUGCUACUUGGUGCAAAUGCUGUCUGUCUCGACGCUAUGCUUGGGCGAUGUGAGGAGGCUUGCGGUCUUCACAUCAUGCGGGAAGGUGUGCGCAUCAGAGUUGAGCCCCAGGAAGGAAAUCGGCCAGUUGCGAGCGGUGUGCCGUCAACGGUGGUGGACAGAGGUUCAGCCCUGACAUUCCUUCCUUUCCUUUUCAACCAGCUGCGUCGCAGCCUUCAGGAUCUCGACAUUGACUCGAUCGGUGACAUCUCGAAGGCACUUGAGCAGGGCAAGCUUCGCCUCGAAGCUCAGACGCCAAACUUUGAAGCCUCAUGGCAGGCACCCAAAAUGCAUCCCAUCAUCGUUGGAUCACUCCACUCCAUCCCCUGA